AUGAGUGGAGAGCCUUCAGACAAGACGUCGUCGUCUACGGGAGGCUGGGAUGCUCCGGAACCAGAGAACUCUGAGAGAAUUGGUCCUAAUGACACGUCUACAUCCGUAUCUCCAGUAAUACGUACUACUUAUAUCCAUCCUGGGGAACCACGAUCUGCAUUGAGUCCAACUUAUGACACAGCCCCCGGUUCGAUAUCAUUUUCACACUCUUCAACUCCAUCGCAAGACUUACAGGAUAUUUUAGAGCAUUUUGACCCUUUAACUACCAUUAGUAGCAACAAAACACAUAUAACAGAGGAAAGAGAGAGCGGGGGUAAUAUUGAAGCUCAGGAGGGGUCGGGACAAAGAGCAGUAACUCCUGGGACUGAAUUGGAUAGUGCUCAAGAUGACCGAUGUUAUUCCCCAGAGCAAGCCCCUCAAAGUGAAAAGAAAUUGGAAGAAAAACACGCAUCACAUAAUUAUCUGGAGCAAAAUGCAGCAAGUUCAGAAGAGUCUGAUAGUUUGAUUCCUGAGGAUGAGCAGAUCACUAAUAAGUCGUCAGUUGGUUCCUCCUCGUUACAUAAUUCGAGUCAGUCAAAGCAAAAUCCUAAGAGUGUGAUUCAGCCCGGGACCCAAUAUGAAAACAGUAGACAGCCAUCAAUUUCCAUCUCUGAAAAAAAUGGCUCAAAUACUCCGGCGUUGGACCAUUCUAUAAAGGACGAGGAUGUUAAGCCAUUUGAUUUCCAACGGUUUCUCGAUCAACUUCGACAUAAGAGUGCGGAUCCUAUAGCUCGUUACGUCAAGAGUUUUCUUUCUGAAUUUAAUAAGAGAACUUGGACAACAUCUGAACAGGAAAAGAUUAUCAGCGAUUUUAAAGCAUUUAUUGCUGCUAAGAUGGAUCUUUGCCCGCCGUUCUCAACUCUUUCAAAUAGUGAAAUGACGAAUGCAAUUGAAGGUAUGGAAAAGUUGAUUAUGAACCGAUUGUAUACUAAGACUUUUUCGCCCGAAAUUCCUGUUAAUCAAAGGGACGAUAUCCAUGAAGAAGAUGUGUUGCGGGAUAGAGUGCUGCAAGAGAAAAUGAGAAUAUGGCAUUGGAUUGAGGGGCGUCAUCUUGAUUUGGCUGAUAGGUUUUUAAGGAAUGGCGAGGCCUUCGUUAAAUUGGCAAGUGACGAGUUAACCAAAAUUAACCACUAUAGAGCUCCUCGAGAUAAGGUGAUCUGUAUCUUGAACUGCUGUAAGGUAAUUUUUGGUCUGCUGAGGCAAACAAAUUCAGAGCAAUCGGCCGAUGGCUUUUUGCCAAUUUUAAUUUAUGUUGUUAUCAAAGCUCAACCAAAAGACCUUAUUUCAAAUUUGAAUUAUAUUCAGAGGUUUAGAAACCAAGACAUGCUCAAUGGCGAAGCGGGCUAUUAUAUUUCCUCUUUAAGUGGAGCGAUAAGCUUUAUUGAAUCCCUCGAUAGAUCUGGACUGAGCAUUACUGACGAAGAAUUUGAAAUGAAUGUUGAACAGUCAGUAAAAUCUAUAGCGGAACCAGCUGCCUCUGUGUCAACGAACUCGCCACCCAGAACGCCCUCUCGUCAGCCGUCGCCCUCCCAUGUUGCGGCUAAAAUUUCCAAAUCGACGGAAACAAAUGUCGAAGUUCCAGGGGAAGGCUUAUCGCAGUCACCAAACAGACCAGCUACUCCCAGCAAUCUAAAUGCAUCUACUGUGCUUUAUCAAUCAGCUGGCCUUUUGGUUGCGCCCUUCAAAUCUUUGUCGAAAAUGUUUGACGAUGGCGAGGUGGGCUCUACUUCUGAGUCUGAAUCAAAUUCUAAAGGUAGUAGGGAACUAUCCUCAUCGCCAUCUCCUGAAGAAUCCGCUGCCAGGCAAGUCUCUGCGGAAGAAGAUGAAGCACAACGAAUCCAUCAAGUCGAGUUUGAAAACGUUUCUAAAACUCUCAGUCAGAUGUUUCCCACGCUUGAUCAGGAAGUCAUUCAGGAUGUCCUUCGUGAAACAGAGGGUAGAGUUGGUGCUGCUGUCGACAUUUGCCUAGCUCUGUUAGAGUCUUAG